AUGGGAUCCCAACGAGGCUCGUUACAGAUUGAUCCUUUCACCGACCCGACCAUCAGAGAAUUUCUCGACGAGAUUGACAGACACAGUGUCCCCGGGGUCACGUUCCUUCUCGAGUCCGAUCAGCACUGUACUUUCGUCCCCCAUAAAGUGGUGGAUGAGUACUUUGACUGCAGGUCUCAGAAGAGCCUUGCGCAAGUGACGAAGCUGGUUAGAGCAGCUACAGCAUCCUCUGCCGCGAAACCUACUCCCAGAGCAGUCGCUCAAAGGUGUCGACGCGUGUUCACCAUCUUACUGAUCAUUGGUCAUUCUCAGCAUAUCGGCUCCUUCGUGGAGAACGAUAACCUCUCAGACAAUCGGCUCCCAUUUCGCCCCGACGACCGCAAGCUGUUUCCCAAGCUCAACGGGGGUGGCGACUUCUUCGAUGAGUUCUACAAGGAGCAAUGGAGAUUCUGUGUGGAGCCUAUGAGACAUAGUCUCGAUCCAGUGAUCAUGGAUGACAAGAGGAUUCUGCCAAUCGUCAAGAUGGAGCGGCUGGACAAGCAUAAGGGUGCCAGCGCAGUUGUGCGGAAAAUUACAAUCCAUCCAGACUAUGAUCAGUUAGACGACAAGCUCCCAGAUGCCCAGAACAAUGCGGGAAGCUUACAUGAAUAUGUCGAUAAGUCGUACCAUGACCUAGAGGCGCAAAGGUACUACGAUGCCGAAGUCGACGCCUACCAGAAACUCCACGGGUCUGGUGAGCCCAUACCUAAUCUCAUUGGAUUCCAUGGUGCUUUUCGGCAGAACAAAAGUUUUCAUAUCAUCCUCGAAUACGCAAAUAUCGGGACACUGGAGGAUUACUUGGAAGAGGUUAACCCGCCCAGACGGGGACAAGAUAUUGUGACUUUAUGGGAGAAUCUCUUCAAACUCAACGACGCUCUGGCGCAAAUACACGGUCUUCCACAAAGCAAUAACAAGGAAAAGCCAAGAAUAUUUCAGGGCUGGCAUCAGGACAUCAAGCCGAACAAUAUCCUGGUGUCUGGCGACAAAGUGAACAAGCCGUACGAGGUUCGGUUUAUGCUCGCUGACCUGGGCUUGAGCCAUUUCACGGCGGUGCUUGAAGACAGGGCAGGCCUGACCGGAGAAGAUCAAGGUGGAUCCCAAGCAUAUAGCGCUCCAGAAAGAAAUCUCAACAGGGGGCUACUCAGCAGCGUUGCCCAUAUUGUGAAGCAGAAGAGCGACACAUGGUCGCUUGGUUGCGUGUACAGUGAGGUCAAUGCGUGGGUCGUCGACGGACCCAAUGGCGACCUGGGCGUGGUCAAGUAUCGUGAGGCCCGGCAAGCAGAGUCUGAUCUGCUUGAUGAAUCCAUGGGGGCCUGUUUUCACAACAGCAGAGGAGAUCUACUGACUAAAGUGCCUGAAUGGCAUGGUGAGUUGAUGGAGCGCUGCGCAACACAGGAUCAUAUAACGCCUAUCCUCUGGGAAGACCUCCUCAAACCCAUAUUUUACAAGCCAAAGAACCGACUCGAUGCCCACCAGGUAAGGGCAUGGUCCAACAUCAUCCUGCAGAAAGCUCGCAACAGCCUGCUGUCUACUCCGAGGCCAACGCAAUCGGUAGCAGCAUCUCGGGUGGAGCGACUGUCGACGCCCAAACGCAACAAUACAGCACCUGUGUCCUCGCCCGAAAACCGUACCCUUCAGCCACCACGUACACCACCAAAUGCUCCGCCUGAAUUCGUCACCUCCCCGAUGACUCCUCCCUACGGUACUCAGGGCAAGCCGCUGCCAGCUAUGGACCCAAGCCAGGGCCGUGGGCUGACUCACAGCCCUGAGAGUCUUGAACCUGACACAUCUCCUGCAGCCGGCUCAACAAAUAGGGGGUCCUUGAUCUCGAUAACCGGAAGCUAUCGCAAUUCGGGCACAUUGACAGGUGCAAGCCCAAACCCAUCACAAAGAGUUACAAGCUCUUACAUACCGGGGCACAAAGCGGACUACUAUUAUGGCCAAGAGCCAGAAUCAUUGCGAAGAUUCACGGACACAUUUGGACAUUCUGCCCCCACUAACGGCAGGGGUCCCGUCGACGAGGAGCUUUUGGAACUGCAUGGAACCUCUAUGCUGCCUGUACGAGCAUGGAAUCCGUCCGCAUCGCCUUUGCUGCCGGGGAGGCCUGGCAUUCCCUCAGAAGAGACGGAUCCCACGGGCAAAGGAAAGGCACCUGCGAGGUUACCUACCAAAACCAGAAAACCUUCCAAGUCACUGAGCGUGGACCAACUGAAAACAUGGGCCGAGUUGACCCGGAACCAAUCCAAAUUUCGAAGUAAAGAGCACAAAUUGUUAUAUGAGGACGAAUUGAUUCACCAACUGAAGAGCAGAGACCACAUCUUCGUCAUCGACGAUGGAGAGACGAUGUUUCCGCAUUGGGGCCAACUUCUUUCGCUCUACCAAGACUUGAUCUAUAUGGUGAAGAAGAAGCAUCUGGACCCAAAUGGCAGUGAGCUUCAGUUCAUCAUCUCCGAUCAACGCAAAGAAGCCAGACACACGAGCGAGCUGGUUCAGAUGGUGGCCGGCAUGAAAUAUCAGGUCAAGGGCGAGUCCAAUCUAGCUGCGCGCUUGAACAACAUUUUCACCGAAUACCGGAACAAGUUGACCAAGAAAUCAUCCGCACGACCUGUCAGCAUUUAUGUCUUCACCGAUGGAUACUGGCAAGGAGGCAAACAUGAAGAAGUGGUGGGUCAUGCCAUUGAAAAGAUGGUGAGAUUCCUCGAGAAGGAAAACUACCCGGACAACAUGGUCGGCAUCCAGUUUAUUCGCUUCGGAAACGAUCCCGAAGGCGUGGAGCGACUGAGAUGGCUCGACGAGGACCUGCCCAAGGUGAUGAGCCCGCCGAAGAGAGAUAUUUGCGAUACGACUCCGGCAAACGGGAAUGUUUGGAAGAUGCUGCUCGGCAGUAUCAAUGAUUUCUGGGAUGAUUAUCCGGAUACGUGA